AUGCCAUCAGUUCGCUCAUCUGCGCCAUCGAAGCUAGAUAAAGACAAUUCUCGUGGCAGCACGAGGAGGACCUACCAAGCGUGCGCCCCGUGUCGUGCUGCCAAGUUACGAUGUGAUCUGGGCAACCCCGAUGCUCCCGACAGUCCACCUUGUCGAAGAUGCCUACGAACUCAUCGGCAAUGCGUGUUCAACGCCAUCUAUGGAAGGGACGAGCUUGACACGUCAAGUGGACAAGGUUACCGUACAUCCGGAACUUUUCAGACUGGGUUAAGCAGCGGACAAAAAAGAUACGGUGCGAGUUGUGGUAAUUCGCACUCGGAACCUCGAGCAGGGCCAUCGAGGAUCCACACUAGCACGCGAUCGUACUCCCCCAGUGAUACCAAUACUUCUCCCUUGAACACCAUAUCAGCUGGUCACCAGUCGAGCGAUACCUUCAAUGAAAAUACGUCCGAAGCAUUCAGAUUCGCCCGAGGAGAAGCUCUUGAGAAUCCUGCCGAUGCCCUUCGGAUAUUGAGAGCGGCUGCAGAUGAUGAAGAUGGUCCGCUAGGAACCAACCACGUUAUAAGCGAAAACGAUUUACAGAUCGAUACCGACAAUGCAAGGUGGGACCUUUGGCCGCCUAUUUCGAUGGGCAUACUCUCAGCAAUUGAGGCUCGCCUGCUUCUUUCAUUCUAUCAAGAUAGAUUGAACCCCUGUCAUCCGUUGGUGUCCCCCGAGCUAUUUAAACCAGACAACCUCGGAAUACUACUAGGGGAACCCCUCUUACUGGCCGUAAUGAUAGCCACAGCGGCCCGAUAUUUUACUUCUGAAGAUACACAUACUUGUAAUACGCCACAGAAUUAUCGACUGAAAGAUCUGCGAUCGCGUUUGAUGAAUUGGAUAUUACAUCGUAUGAUCUUUAUCGCCAUGGGACAAAACGCAUCCAUCGGAAUCGUAGAAGCACUCUUGAUCAUGAGCGAAUGGCCGCCUGAACCUUCCGCUUUGAUCGAUACGGGUCUUUUGGAGGCUUUGCAAGGACCGAACGAUUGGUCAAGUCCUUGCAAGCUGUAUGAUGAUGUGUCUUGGGCAUUGACAGGGAUGGCUGUUCGUGUAGCCCAAAAGUUGGAUUUACAGGAUGAGAGGACGUAUCUGGACAAGUCACAGCCUGAUUGGAUGGUGACUCGACGUUACAGAACAUGGACCAAUUGCCUUUCGGCUGAUCGACACGCUUCUGUCCGUCUGAGCCGUGCAUCCCUUAUGCAAGAAAUGUCCACGACUUGGUACAGAACGAUAUCAGGAAUUGGGUAUCUGACCGGUGACACGACCUUUCCUCUCCCUCGCGUGCAUCUCCACCACCGCGAGAUUCUAAGUGUGGUUGAGUUGACUCAUAUAAUCGGAUUGCUGCAAGAACUGCUCUACAUAUCACCCGAAGUCACUCAGGAAUUGAUCAAGACAGCUCGGUUCGAAAGCACACUGCACCGUCUGAAGCCAGAGCUCGACUCACUUUGGCAAAGACAAGUUGCAGAUUUACCCUCCUACCCGAUCCUUGAUCAAGAUGAUGAACCUUUCACCGCCGAUGAGCUGCGUCAAGUACGAUGGAGGAUGGACCAUGACUAUGUCAAACUAUAUGCCAACUCAAUCGCCAUGAGGGCUUCGCAAAACAGGUUAUUGCAGCGGCACAAGCACAAAAACAGGGGAGAUCGCGUUUUCCAGGCGAACGUUAUGCAGUCUUCCGAAGGAUCCUUUAUAAUUGAAGCUGUAGAUGCGGCUAUCUCUUUGGUCAAAUGUGGAGUAGCUAUGGAACGGAAAGGGGUGCUAAAGUACUGUCCUAAUCGUAUCUUUUUGAGACUGGUGUUUGCAAGCGUUUUCUUGAUGAAAGCAAUGUCCUUCGGAGCUGUAGCUCCCCCAGAGCAAGACAUCGUCGACCUGCAAUAUGACUUGAUCAAGUCUCUUAAAGCGGCGGCUGUGGUGUACCAAAAUCACGUUGCGUCAUAUCUAUCAACCUUGUUGGAACGAGUCUUUCCUUCGAUACCCACAGAGCCAUCGAGGCCGUCCUCGGACCAUUUGGUAGAAGGACCUGCGCUAACCGAUCAAUCUACUCUGGCGUUGUUUGGAUUCGAUACUAAUUUGGCAGCAGAUUAUCUACCUCAAGACCAAUGGACGGAUAUGACUGGUUUCGGGUAUGACCCCAGCUCCAUCAUUUCCGAUAUUGAAGAGAUGCUAGCAGCAUCGACCUACCCCAUGCCGUCUUCUGCAAUGGACAUGAACGGAACAUCGUGA